AUGGGGAAGUCACCACUGCCCGACACACGGACCCGGCAAUCCACCCAAAUCUCGCUAGCGUCACUUCCCCUGGUCAUCUUCCUAGUCCUCUCUCUCGCCGCCCUCAUAGCACCAGUCUCAGCAGAAGACACGCCGAACUAUCCGCUAUGUCCGUACACCAAGCAGCCGCCUGCCAGGUCCAACUUAACAUUCACCCGGUGCGUGGGCGCCACUAAGUACACGUGCUGCCCGGACUGCUACGACUUGAAACUCGCGCUGCUCGCCGUCAGCGCCAAGGGCUCCGGCAUUCUCAACCAGAUCUCGUCCGGCCUUGGCCGCGUGCUCGUCGGAAAAGACAUUCAGCUCUGCUCAAUCUUUGCCAGUAACUCCGCGUGCCAGCUGCACCUCGAACAAGUCGUCUGCGCCAACGGCUGCGACCCAGAGUCGGGAAACUACCUGGAAAUUGUGGAGCGCAACACCAAGGGCAUCCUGUCCGUGUGCUCUGACUACUCCUCUGUCGUCUAUGAGAGCUGCAAGGACCUUCCACUGCCCGGCUUUGGAACCAUGGCGGAUUUCUUCCCCACUAAAGAGCUCUUCAUGACCAAGCUCUUUGGAGCUGUAAUCGGGCUGAUCGGCAAACUCAACUACACUGUCAAAAUCAAACCGGGCACUGAAGCAUGCUAUAACGGGCCCAAGGCCCUCCCAGCGACCACCCUUUGCUGCGACCCGCUCAAAGUCCCCCGGACGUGCCCGCGCGGCACCAUCAGCUUCAGGGAGAACCCCGAGUUCCGCCCGUUUGUGGGCCGCCACAUCGACAACAAGGGCUGCACUGAGAACCCUUCUCUUGCCAUGCUCGGAUCGGCGCCUGAUGCGGGGGCUGCAGGGAAGAAAAGCGCUGGUGGUGGUGGGAUUGGGAGGGGCGGAGUGUUGUUGGGGUGUUGGUUGGGGCUUGCACUGAGCUGGUUUGGAGUAUGGUUGGUGUGGGGAGGGUUGUGA